AUGAACAUUGAAGAAGUAAUUAAUUCGUUCAAGACAAUUGUUAAUCAAAUAGCAGAGGAAUGGGAUACAAUAAUGAAACUACCCAUUUUUUCAGAUUCUGAUAUAAUUGAAAGACUAGAAGAGAAAUUAGAUGUGGUACAACGACAGAAUUACUCAAUUAUUAUCGACUUAAAUAAUAUUAAGAGAGAAUUACAUUUGGACAAAAAAGAAGAAAAUAUUAUAUUUUGUAACCAAACUAAUGAUGAAAAAAAUGAAACUACAAAUAUAAUAUCGAGUUCUGGUCAAUUUCUGGAGAGUUCCCCAAUGUCCCCACAUUCAAUUGCAGCAGUUAGUCAAUAUCUUCAAAUCAGUGAAGAUGAAGCGGAAAAAUUCAUGUCUAAUAUCCCUUUGAGUCAUGAGAUGUCAUAUCCAGAAAAUUUCGAGGAAGAAAAUGAUGAGAACAUUUAUAAUUUACAAAGUGAGCCACCGUGUGAGGAAAUUAUUUUAGAGCAGACAGUACCAGUUUCAGAAAACAAUAAGAAAGAACAAGGUAAUGGCCCUAUAGCAGUAAAAAGGUUUGAUCUAAACAUGAUUGAAGCUCCAAAAACGAUAAAACAGUUAUAUGACGAUUUUGAUAAAAACUUAAAAUAUCAAAUAAAAGAUUUCGAAAAUCAGUUUGGUAAAGGCCAACUGAGCAAAUUGAAUAAAAUAAGAACAUAUCAAAGAAGAAGGGCACUCAUCAGUGAGAUUGAAAAAUUUAGUACCAUGUUCUCUAUUGAUAUUAGGAAAGCAAUCGAUAUAUUUGAGAAAUAUAGAACACUACGGGGUCGAACAGUUCCUUUCUUAUAUAAUAACUUAGCAUCGGUGGUUAUGGAAAUUAAAACGGAAUAUGAAUCGAGUUAUUAUUAA